CCUUGAUCCUCUCGCUCUCUACGUACGGUACAUCACAUGUCAACAGUCGACCCGAUCUUGCACAAUAAACAACGCAGAUCGUAAUGAUAUCUACAUGUAUUUAGUUGUAUUCCGUCGAUGUUAAUAACGGCUAUGCACCAUGGCGGAAAGUGAAGUAAAGUAUUCGAAUCCAAAGUAUGCUCUGGAUGAAGAUGAGAAAAAUGGAGAAGAGGAAAGCGAAGUCGGAUCAGUCGAAGAAACUCCCAUCUGUGAUACCAGUGCCAUUAUUAUUACCAGCGAGCACGGCGAAAAUGGAGCUCGUUCUUCGACACUCGUAACAAGCAGAAAUCAGUUAAUCGAGCCAACAUACAGAAUGUACAAAUGGAGAUGGUUUGUAGUAGCUACAAUGGCUAUAUUGAAUAUUUCAAAUGCAAUGGCAUGGAUCUGUUUUGCUGCAGUUACAAAUUUCACAGCGGAGUAUUUUCAGGUCUCCGUAGAUGCAGUCAACUGGUUUUCUUUGGUCUACCUGGUUGUGGCCGUACCAAUGGGCUUUGUCGUAGCAUGGGAACUGAAUGCGUAUGGGCUUCGAGUUGCGAUCCUACUUGGUGCAUGGCUCAAUUUCCUUGGCCUUCUACUUCGCUACCUUGGCGUCCUCUUCCCGAUCCCAGAGACCACCCAGUUUGCCAUCGUCAUGGUCGGCCAGACCCUUGCUGCCUUUGGACAACCUUUCUUGCUCUUCUCCCCCACCAAGAUGGCUGCUCUGUGGUUCAAUGACAGCCAGAGAGCCAUAGCAAACAUCCUAGCCACCAUGGCUAACCCGUUGGGUAUCCUUCUCUCUUUUCUCCUUUCUGCGCUUCUUGUCAGUGAACCAAGUGAUAUUCCAUUAAUGCUGUGGGUCUUUGUCAUACCAGCAUUGCUUGGUGUUGCCAUGGCAACAUUUGGUAUAUGCAGCAGUGGUCCUCCCACUCCCCCAUCCAGCAGUGCAGACACUAAGACUCAACCUUUCUUGGUUGGACUCAAACUGCUUGCAAGGAAUCGGCGCUUUGUGAUCCUUUUUGCCUUCUUCGGAGCAGGCUAUGGUAUCUUCAAUGCUAUCAGCACAUUCCUGGAGCAAAUUGUGUGCCCCAUUGGCUACAACGAUGACUUUGCAGGCCUGGUUGGAGCCCUGAUGAUAGGUGUUGGUCUACUUGGAGCAGUAGUAACUGGUCUUAUUGUCGACAAGACAAAGGCUUUCACACCGGUCGUUAAGAUCUGCAGUGCAGCGGCUAUUCUUUUUGUCUUCAUCUUGUCAAUUUCUUCCAAGUUUGCCUAUGCUGGGGCUGGGGUGCUGAUUGGGGCUGUAGGCUUUGGUCUGUUUGGUCUAGCCCAGUUCUCUAUCUCUCUAGAGCUAGGGGUGGAGUGCUCCUACCCGGUAGCCGAGGGAACCAGUGCCUGUAUGCUGCAGAUGUCAGGUCAGCUUCAAGGAAUCAUUCUCAUCAUCUUAGGCCAGGUCCUGGCUCAGCCUGUCAACGUGGAACUGCUCCCUGAUCAAAAGUGCAUUGAUCUCUCACUGCCUAACGUCACAUCAACACUCUCUAGUGACAGUGCUGUUACAACUUCGAUGAUGUCCACAAUGCCAGAUGAUGAAAUUAAAACUGUGCUUGAUAUGACAAUUCCUUUGUUUGUGUAUGCUGGGUAUGGCAUUGUUGUCACGGCGAUUCUCAUCCUCUUCUUCCGUACGAGAUACUUGAGGCUGGAAGCAGAGCAAUCCAAUAGAGGUGAUGACAAUGGCUCAACGGAACUGGAGAAGUAACAGCCAAACAAAACAAGGAACUCUUUGCCAUUAGGCUUGCAAUGGUUAGAUCUAGGGUUACAGUGAUUAAAUUCGCUUUUCCCUUCGUAGGCUCAGGUAAUGCCAAAUACUUAAUGACGACAAUAAAAAUAAGAGAGGUUAUGUAAUAAUACUAGUGAUAAUUAAAAAUAAUUGUAUAGAAAUUUUCAUUCAGGGAGUGACUUUUAUCAGUGAAUAGCAUAUCAUGAAAGUGAAUCUGGUAGAUGAACUUAAGUGUUUAGUUUAGUUUAGUGGUGGUUAUUUUACCUGACUGCUAAGAGAGCAAAAAUACUCCCAUACAAGGUACCUCAGGAUGGAAGAAAGCAAUCCAAUGAAGGAUUUGCUUUCAUCUUGAUUCAACAUUGGAAACUAUAUAUGAAUAUCAAACUGCUGAAUUAAUUGUGAUGUAAAUUGUUUUAUGUGCUCAGAAUUAGGAAAGAACAUAUUAAGUGAUUUUUCUUUUCUUCCGGCCUUAUUCAGUAUCAAAAGGAUUUUGAACUACUGACCUCAAUGCUUUGUAAAAUCUUUUACCGUCCCAGUGGUGGAGAAUCAUGAGAGUAAAUGGGGGUUGAAUAUUUGAAUUUUGUUGAUUUUGACAACAAGAGGAUGUUGGAAAUAGAGAUUUCAGCCUAAUCUAUUUAGCUCUCUGGUUCUCAAAUAGGGGAGAAAUUUGAAGAAAGGCUGAUUUUUCAUAAGGUGUGUGAUGCAAAGUGUAAUUGAAAGCUAUGAUAUUACGUUCAUGUAAAUGUCUUAAAGAUUGAUUUCUUUUGCCUUUCUUAUGAACUUUGUUAUCAUGUAUGAUUAUUUAAAGGCUCAUGGUAGUGGGUUAUGAUGGAGAAUUUGACACCAUUCAGGUGUUUACCCAAUAAAAAGGUGUUUUCAAUCACCAAGAGUGGACUUCACUUUUAUCAAUUUGCUUCUAUCACCAAACGGGUAUUAUAUGUAGUGAAUUGUGCCCUGAACCUACUGCC